AUGACCAACUCGCCACGUCCAACCCGAAACCAAAUCCCCCCCUCCUUCCCAGAGGGGUUCGAUACUUUGACAAGCUCUGUCGAUGACAAGCCACUUACUCCGAAGAGUAGCCUGGAUGUGUUCCGUCGAUUUUUCGACUUUAAGGAGAAACCCUGGAAGGAGUUCCGCGCACGAGUAAAGGCACAUGCCUUGCUGACCUCCUCUUGGGCAGAAAUCCAGGAGAAUGAGACACAACGAGAGGCGGUGGCCGCCAUAUUUCUUGAACAGGUAGGGCUUGAGUAUUGGGGUAAAGAGACCCGGGGCAAGUACCUGCUUGAAGACCAUAUUAGGAACGGAAAUGUUUGUGACUAUCCUCGAGACAAGAAGAGGUGGGUGAUGAUACCAUCAAGAGAUAUUGGAACGAGGCCCGUCAAACUAACAUUGACUAGAAUGGUCAAGGCCCUCGCGUUCUUGCUGGAGAAGGAUUCUAAAACCGGUACCAAAACCGGCUUCAAAGGCAAAGGACAGUCGUCGGUCUUGCAGGAUGUAAGUUUCCUUUGA